CCGUACAGUCCAGCGUUCAACACAUGGCAAGACGCAUGGGAUUAUCUGAAACCGAAUCAGGGACUGAAGCGAGGAUCGCGUUUAUUCAUGCGAGACUAUGCUGGUGCGAUCACGGUGGGUGUCGAUAAGCAACUCUACGCAUCGAACAAGCAUUUCGUUUAA